AUGCGUUCAAAAAUUUUUGCUGAAACAACAGAAUUGGCAUUAUCUUUUAGUGGAUGUGGUUUUUUAGGCAUAUAUCACUUUGGUGUACUUGCUUGCCUAAGUACUAAUGGAAAGGUGAGAAGUAAAUUAAAGCGUUGUGGUGGCUCUUCGGCUGGAUCAAUCGCUGCUACAAUUUUAUUACUAACGCCUCAUAAAAUCCAAGAUGCUUUGAAGAAAUUUUAUUUAUUAGCGGAAGAAGUAAAUGGAUUACCACUUGGUGCAUUCACCCCUGGUUUUUCGCUUAAUGAUCGACUGAUUAGUCUUGUCGACGACCAUAUUCCUUCUGAUGUUUCCAGUUUACAAGAUCGAUUAUUUAUUUCAGUGACGAAUUACAAAAGUGGUGAAAACAAGAUUCUGUCGAGAUUUAAUUCACGCGAUUAUCUUGUUCGUUGUAUUACUGCUAGUUGCUUCAUACCAUUAUAUUCAAUGGGUUCCGAUAUGAUGGCACAACCACCAGUUAUUGAUAAUGAGGUUUAUAUCGACGGUGGAUUUAGCAAUAAUUUACCACUUUUUGAUGAUAUACCAACGGUAACUGUUUCUCCAUUCAGUGGUGGAGCAGUGAUAUCGCCACGUGAUAAUAAUCCUUAUAUGCCAUAUGUGGAAUGGAGAGUGCGAUUUCGGAACCAAGAAAUGAAUGUGAAUUUGCGAAAUAUAAUGCGUGGAGCUCAAGCUCUUUUCCCACCAUCUUGUCAGCUUUUACGUAAUUACUAUAAACAAGGCUUUAAAGAUGCUUUUGCAUUUCUAAUCGAAAAUGAUAUUCUUGAACGUCGGGAAGGAAGUUCAGUUUAA